CGGUCUCUGUGCAGCGCAUUCACGCUGUUGCUCCUGAAGCCCGCGGCUAACUUUUAAAGCCGUUUUUUACGCGUUUAACCCGGAGAGAAAGCGGCCGUCCAGCAUCGCCGGCCCCGUCGUCGCUCGUCGCCUCUCCGGUGCAACCGGGUGUAUUGAAGCUGGAAGGCGGAGAAAAUGCUCAGUGCUGUCCGGACUCGUCAGGCUGGAAGCCACACAACUGACUGAUGCAUCCUUGUUCACUUCAGCCCACCGUGUGUUGUUGGCCUGGCUGUUCAUGGUGGCUCAUUAAGGAGAAAGGGAGGGACUCCCGUCGGCUGUUGGUUGACAUCCGUGGUUGCCACGGUAACUGGCGACCAUGCCAGGAGGUCGCAGGGGCCCCAGCAGACAGCAGCUAAGUCGCUCUGCUCUGCCGUCCCUGCAGACUCUGGUUGGAGGCAACCUCGCCAAUGGUACAGGUCUCAGGAACAGGAGCAGCACCGUGGUGGGUCUGUCUGCGCCCCCUCUCUCGGCUCUCAUUACUCCGGAGCAGGUCCGUCACUCGAGGAUCCCAGAGCUGCCGUUGGACGGCAGCCUGCUGUUUGAGCUUCUGCUCUUCCUUUAUUUGCUGGUUGCCUUGUUUGUCCAGUACAUGAACAUCUACAGGACGGUGUGGUGGUACCCGUACAGCCACCCCGCUGCCUCUACCUCUCUUAACUUUCAUCUGAUGGACUACCACCUGGCUAUCUUCAUCACAGUCAUGUUGGCCAGGAGGCUCGUCUGGACUAUCGUUUCUGAGGUGUCUCAGAGCAGCGGCGGACCACUGCUUCGCUACGUGGUUCUGAUCACGGCUCGGCUCAGCCUGCUGACCAUGUGCGGCUGGGUGCUCUGCUGGACGCUGGUCAACCUCUGCAAGAACCACUCUGUGCUCAACCUCCUCUUCCUGGGGUACCCAUUUGGUGUGUACGUCCCGCUGUGCUGUUUCCAUCAGGAGGGAGGGAAAAGCCAAACGGCACCGGCGGACUGCGAUUACCCCGCCGACCACCAGCAGACCGACCUAACCAAAAGCCCGUUGUUUCGACCACGUGACUUCCUCUUCCUGUUGCGAGAGAACCUCAGAGAGCAGUUUUCCAGCCCGCCGCACAUGCCUACACACACCUGCCCACCGCACACACACUCGCAGACACCGGAGUUGAUUCGAGCAGAGGUGAAGGAGCUGAAGAGCGACUUCAACCGGCGAAUCAAGGAAGUGCUGUUCAACUCCCUGUUCAGCGCCUACUACGUCGCCUUCCUGCCUCUCUGCUUCGUCAAGAGCACCCAGUACUAUGACAUGCGCUGGUCCUGUGAGCAUCUGAUCAUGGUGUGGAUCAAUGCGUUUGUCAUGCUGAUGAGUCAGCUGCUGCCCCCGAGCUACUGCGACCUGCUCCAUCGCUCUGCAGCUCACCUGGGCCGCUGGCAGAAACUGGAGCACGGCUCGUACAGCAACGCACCUCAGCAUGUGUGGUCCGAAAGUACCAUCUGGCCUCAGGGGGUGUUGGUACGACACAGUCGGUCUCUGUAUAAGGCAGUCGGACCUUAUAAUGUCGCUCUGCCCGCCGAUGUUUCCCACGCAAGGUUUUAUUUCCUGUUCCACAAACCAUUGCGGAUCCUCAACCUGCUGAUCUGGAUCGAGACCAGUGUGGUUUUGUACCAGCUGUACUCUCUGCUGCGCUCUGAGCGCUGGAACCACACUUUGUCUCUGGGCCUUAUUCUCUUCUGCAACUACUAUGUCCUCUUUAAACUGCUCCGAGACCGCAUUGUGCUGGGCAAAGCCUACGCCUACCCUCUGUCCUCCAGCAGUCUGGGGCUCAAGUCCUAGUAAAGGCUGCGUCGCGCAGCGAGACCUCAUCUACGGACCUCGGCUGCGGAGGGGAGACGGGUGGCGGUCUGCUGAAGGGACAGACUGUGAACGCCCAAUCGUGUUUUGAUACGGUUCUAUUUUUAAUGCAAUGUUUAUAUAUAUAUAUACCUAUUUAAAAAAUAUUUUUAUUUUGUAUACUGUUUCGAGUUACGCCGGGCAUUACCACGCUGACGACAUUAGCAUGUUGUGUUAUGUUGUUGCUAGGCGACAGGGAAGUCAGGGAAUGCCAGGAGGUGACGCUCUCUAAAGAUAUUUUAAGUGCAGGUGGCCACAGUCGGUUCAACCAGACGAGGGACUCUGAUCAGUGGGAGGAGUUGUGCUUGAGAUCCUCAAUCCUGAUUGGGCGGUUGUGCUCUAACCCUGAGGCUCUUAUCUAGAACGGCAUCUUAUGCACGUUUUUCACUGGUGACUUUAAAGCAAAAGUUCAACAUUUUGGGAAAUGUGCCUCUUGGCUCUCAGGUGUCUGUCCAUCAAAUACGAGGCCACAGCAGGCGAGGGUGAGCGGCAUGUCGGCACAAAGAUUAGACACGAGGAAAUCGCCAUCUUUGUUCUGUACAAUGGUGAAACAAUCUGCCUCCCAGCACCUCUCAAACGCAACAAUUGACACACGGUCUUGUUUGUUUAAUUAGACUCAUUCUAGCUCAUAACCCCCCCUCAAAACAGCAAAUUGUUGUUUCCACACCAGCUUUAGUUUGAACUCAAACAAAAGCUGGUGUGUGACUAUUUGAUGGUCAGACUAGCUGUUUCCAGUCUUUAUGCUAAGCUAACCAGCUGCCUGCAGUAGCGUCAUAUUUAAUGUGCAGAUAAGAGUGGUUUAACUUUUCCCUUUGAAUUGUCAAACCUUUGCUUGCAGCAGAGCCUCAGUGUGGAUAUUUACCACCAAGUGGAAUCAAACGUUCCUCCAAACUGGGAGGAGGAACACUCCUCUACUCCAAUCCACUGCCUCUGCAGAGAAGUGCAUUCUUCCUUGUUCACUAUUGUUACUUUGUUUUGACUAUCAGUAUCUGCUUGUUUCACAUCAUGGGAGGGGGGUUUCAAUCUGGAGGGCAGUUCCAACAGCAGUCUUUACAAACUUACACCAGGCUCUCAACACGUGAGAGGGGACUGAGAUACUAUUGGCAUUAAAGCACAACCAAAAAUGUUUAAAAACCCAACGGCAGGUUGACCCCGGCUGUUUCCACCGCGUCAGUCGGCCCUCUCUGCCCUGCUUGGUAAUUAGAAAGUGACGUUUGAAGGGCUGCUGCUGUGACCUGGUGAUGAUUAAAGUCAAUUUACUAAUGUCUGACAAUCCUUUGACUUGCCGUUAGAGCGUCCGCCUCAUUCGUUUUCUUGAAGUUGAUCCCGUCAAUGUUUUAUAUUUUUGGCGCCUUAAUGCAUAGAUGGACCGCACCAGGUCCAUCUCUUUGUGGAUUGGUUGUAGAUUAUGGAACCAUGUGACUAAUAAUACCGAUUGCUGUUGGUACGUCCCGGGACCUAACCCGUCUCCCACUGCGAACAUGCCAUCUUGUCAUCGCCCUCUCACCUGGAUUUGACAGCAGAGGGCGUUUAGCUCGUUUCCAUCGGUGAUGAAUGCAGAAUCAAGGCGGGAGGGUCCCGGCUCUAUGCGUCUCUUCAUUACCAGUUCAUGUAUUCUCAGUUACCAGAACGUGUCUCAAAUGUGUCGCCUCGCAUGAUGUUACCUUUCUGUUAAGUCUCACCUGGCUAAAUCAGCUCCCUCAAGUGGGUUUCUCUUGAGGAGCCUCUCCUCUCGCUGGCUCCAGCCUGCAGUCGGUCGUUACAGUAUUGAACAUUCGGGCCCGUCGACCGCCGUCAUCAAUUGGCUGCUUCAGUCAAGUUUCCAGUUGAGUGAUGGAGGUGGAGGAGAACACUUUUGAGAUGAGCUGCUCUGCUCUUCAGAGGAAGUGUGAGAACUUUUUUGAUAACGCAUAAAUGCCAUAAACAUGCCCAGUAUGCUGCUUCUGUCUGCCACCUCGGCCCUUAAAUCAGCUCUCUGGUGCUUCGGUGUGGUUUCCGGUCAUUUACCUUUUGUUCAACUGAAUGUUGCUGUUGAUCUGAAUUGGCAUGUUUUUGAAGUUGGUCGCGAUUAAGCACCAUGACAAAAUGUAUUUUUAUUUUUUUGCGGGUGUACUUUUGUUGCCCCUAUUUCAAUGACGCAGAAAGACUGCAUUUAUAAGUUCGCUUUAAAUCUUACUCCAUGUCAGUUCUUGCUUGAAUGUUCAGUCUCACUCUGCCUUCUUUGACAUGAUCACUGAGGACAUGAAAUACUUUAGGUUCACCUCCGGACCACGUUGCCCUGAGGUUUCCUUGAUCUUCCUCGAGCGAACAAGUGUUGAUUAAAAACUGAUUCGAUGACGUGUCCUGUCAAAUUGAGUCACCGUUUGUUUUCGUGCCAUAUCCCAGGAUGCAACUUCAGACUUGUGGUUUAACCUGUUGUUGAAUGUGACACUGCUGGAGAAGUCUUUGGAGCUGGCCCUCAUUGUUCAGCCUUUGACACUGUUCAGUUUACCCACAGCAUUUAUAAAAUGCCUUUUGACAUCCAAAAUAAAACAUGGUGUUUAAACAGA